AAUGGAUUUGCAUCCACACCUACAAUUUCCACUACGGUUGAUUAGAACGUUCGCCAUACGUUCAGGUCAAGCCAUCACCGAAACCUUUCAGAGUUAGUUGCAACACUCCGCUUUGUUACACCUCUACAGAAAUACCGGGAGAAGAUAAGGGUUCGUUGUGCCUCAAAUCUCCAGAUCCUGGAGAAAGGCUUCGCGUAAUGUCAUCGCACUAUAAUACGGAGCCACCACCAACUGCCUCCGCCACCCUCAUCACCACUGCUGGUCCUCUCCACAUCUCCCUCUUCGCGAAACAAACGCCUCUCGCAUGCAAAAAUUUCCUUCAGCAUUGCUUAGACGGGUACUACAAUGGGACAGCCUUUCACCGCGUCAUCCCGGACUUCAUAAUCCAGGGCGGCGACCCAACGGGAACAGGCUCGGGAGGCUCAUCGAUCUACGAAGAUCCAGAGUUCGAAUUCGACUCGCGCGAUGGGGAAAAGGUUUUGUUCAGAGAUGAAAUACACAGCAGACUACGAUUCAACCGCCGUGGGUUGGUCGGGAUGGCAAAGGCAGAAGAUGGGACGUAUGGAAGCCAGUUUUUCGUGACCCUCGGAAGUAAUGCGGACAGGCAGUUAACCGGGACGUGUACGAUGUUUGGACGCAUUGAAGGGGAUAGUAUCUAUAACGUAGUAAGGAUUGCAGAGGGGGAUCUGGUGGAAGGAACUGAGCGGCCCGUGUAUGCCGUAAAAGUUACGGGGUGUGAAGUGGGCGAUUUGGGUCCCUUCAAGGAUGUUUUAAGGAAGCGCGAAAAAGUCGCUGUUGCCGCGCCGCAGAAGCAAGAGGGAGUAAACCGCGACGUGCCUAAUAAGAGGAAAAAGGGCAAAGGCGCAAAAGUAUUAUUGAGUUUUGCGGACGAUGAAGAAGAGGAUAUGACGCAUGCAACACAGAAAAUGAAGAAGCCUAAGUUCAAUACCAACCUCAUCACGUCAGGAGAAGGAGCAGUGCCGGAACAAAACGAGAGCAUGCAGGAACAUAAAAAACAAACUAAAGUUGCAAGGGCUUCCCCUACACACAAAAACCAAGCUGAUAUCGACGUCCAACAACUGCACCCAAAUAGGCGCAGAUCUGUCUCCCCCUCAAAAUCACCGCCCGUAAGCCGGAUACCAACACGAGACCCUAACACCCAACUCCCUCUUCCGGACCCGGAGGCCCCAUCUCGCUCUCAAUCUUCCUCCCCCGACCCUCCCGCAAAGCGAUCAGCUUUAUCACGUACCACCGCCGAAAUAGAUGCGCUCAAAGCAUCCAUGCGUCGCAACGUCACCAAAACCACAGAACCUACACGUAAAAAGUCUGCGCUUGACUCUUUGAUCCCAGAAACGUCAAUAAGAGGCCGUCGACGCCCAACCUCGGGCAGCACCAACGGGGCUGGAUUAGGGAACGGGACAUCCCAAGAUAGCGAGGCAAUGAGGAUGUUCAAUGCAUUCAAAGCUCGUUUAGAACAGGCUGAUCUAAUGUCAAGUCGAUCAAAAAUGACUGAAAAAGCAGAUGACUCUGAACAUGCAAAUUCCAGACAACUCAAAGGAAAGAAACCCCAAUCUGCCAAUGCGGCAGAGGAUAAAAAAGGGAGUGGAGAUGGAGAAGAAGAAAAAGAAGAAGAAGAAGCAGAAGAACAAGUCUGUGACCUCCAUUUCAUCGCAAACUGCCAAUCAUGUCGCACGUGGGACACGACUGCCAUCGCCGCGCAGGACGACACCGCCCAAAACCACGGCCGAGAGGAUGACGACAACCCAAUUGACUGGAUGACGCACCGACUGACCUUCGGCAAGGACAUGCUGGGCAAGGAUCUGAAUUGGAAGCGCACGCAUGAGGACGUGGAUGGGCUUGUGGUGAUUGAUCCUCGCGAGAAGGAGAAGGAGGUCGGUGGAGGCGGUGGUGCCGGGAGGCGGCGAGAGCGGGAGCGGCAGCGCAAGUUGGGGUCGGGACAUCGAAGGGAGUGGGAUGGGAAGGGGCGGUAA